AAAAAAAAUCUAAUAAGUGGCACCAAGAUACAAUCAUAAAGUUAUAAUAUAUAUUUGUAAAAGAAUUCAACCUUAACACCAUAACGCUGGCAUUGUUCUAUAUUUUUUCGCUUAAAUAAUUUUAUUUAAAUAUUACUUUUUGGGCUAAAAAUUGGAUAUUAACGCACUAAUCAGGCCUAUUUUUUUUGUUUUAUUGUGGCCCAAUACUCUUUUUUCUCUCUCUUAAUAAUAAAGAAAUUAUCUGCCGUCACAAGUCAAUCUCCUGCAGCCCCACUCUCUAUAGGUUAGCAAAAUUAUGCUCCAUUAAUUUUGGCUCUCUACUUCUUUAUUAUAAUGUAGAAAUCACUGCUUUUGUGUGUGUAAUUGUGUGAAAUAUGACAUUGUAUUAUCAGGAAUUCCUUAUAUUAGUUCUUUUGUUGAUCAAGUAGUUAUGAAAUUACUAUAGAUACUAUAUAAUUUUUCGACGAAGAACAUUGUCAUUUAUUUCAACUCUUCAAUAUAUUGAUCAUAAGUGAAUAUUCAUACGUACCCUUGUUAACCUUGUCAUUACUUUUAGAUUUAAUAGACUUAAAACCUGAUUUCCACCAAGAAAAUGUAGAUAUUGUUUUUGAAUUUUACAAUUAUGAUUUCGUGUAAAUAAUUGAGUUAAACUUAAAAAUUUGUAAGUUACUAAGUUCGGCCUGAACAUGAUCCUGAUCUUAGUUUUCCCAUAUCCAGGAACUAAUCGUCGUGGAAUAUCAUUGUUAAAAAGGUUAUGCAUGUGAAAUCCCUUCUUAAAAAAAGUGGCUAUUUUGUUCUGCCUCCAAUGGCUUGAAGGGUUACCAUUAUAUAGAUUUAUAUAACAACCAGAAAGACUUUGUUUGUUGUUGAUGAUCUUUUAAUUCAGCUGUUUCAUGGUUAACCUGACUGUGACCUGUUGCUUAAGGUAAUUUGAUCCGAUACGAUACGAUGGGAGGAAAUUCAGUCAGUGAUGAUUGGGAGUUUAUUGGGAAUGAAACUCAGACACUACUUAUGAUUGGGUGUAUAGGUGAAGGAAAAAGUGCCACAGGCAAUAGCAUUCUUGGUAGAAAUGCAUUCCAGUUGAGGUCUAGCUCUGGGGCUGUUACAGGAACUUGUGAGAUUCAAAGGACUCGAUUAGAAGAUGGACAGAUUCUUGAUGUUAUCGAUACCCCUGGAUUUUGUUUUACAGCUGAAUCUGGAAUAGUUGGAAAAGAAAUUGGUAAAUGCAUUGAUUUGGCUGAUGCUGGUGUCCACGCUGUUCUUUUUGUUUUGUCUGUACGAACUAGCUUUUCAAAAGAAGAACAGGCUGCUAUCCAGUACUUUAAGAAGCUCUUCGGGACCAAAAUUACUGAUUACAUGAUUGUGGUCUUCACUGGAGGGGAUAAGCUCGAAGAUAAUGACUCUUUGAAUGAUCACUUAGAUCAUUCCUGCCCCGAGGAUUUAAAGGAAGUUCUUAAGAUGUGUGGGAAUAGACAAGUGCUUUUCGACAAUAAAACUGAAGAUCCAGCGAAGAAAGCUAAACAAUUCAGUGAACUUAUUUUCCAUGUGAAUAUGGUUGUAGAAACAACCGGUGGAAAACCAUAUACGAGUAACUUAUUUGAGGAAGUAAAGAAGAUGAAGCUUCGUAAUGACUCAUUGGAGGUUAGUUCUAUGCUCGGAGAUUUAAAGGAAGGGGUAACUGAGUUGAAGGAAAAACUGCGGAGGUUCUCUUUAGUGGAGCAAAAAAGGCGAAUAACUAAAAUGGUUGAAUCUAACAUGAACAAGACUAUGCAUAGUCUUGAAAAGCAGUUGGAGGAAGAGCGUACUGCUCGUUUAGAGGCAGAAAAAGAAAUUCGUGAAUUGAAAGAUAGCUUAGAGAAAGCUCAAAGAGAGACUGAGGAGCUCACAGUCAAAACUCGCUCUUACAGCUGCUACAAAUGUCGAAGACAUGUCUCAUUUCACGAUGAUAUCAUCUCUACCAACUUCCAGUCAAAGAAUAGCAAGGCUUUCCUUUUUGCUCAUGUGAGAAAUGUUGUUGUUGGAACCUAUGAACAAAAACGUCUCACAACUGGUCUCCACACAAUUGCUGACAUACACUGUGUGGAUUGCAACGAGGUAUUGGGCUGGAAGUAUGAAAGAACUGUUGAGCCAUCGCAGAAGUACAAGGAAGGGAAAUUCGUACUCGAGCUAUGCAAAAUUGUUAAAGACAAUUGGUAACUCAUAACCAGAGUCUUUUUUAUUUUAUAUGUUAGUACUUUGAUGCAAGUAUUUUUUCUCCGUUUCUGAGCUUUCGCACUACCUAACUUUCCAUCAGAAUUAUCAACCAUCCGUAUUGCUACUUUCAUUUCACGUUAUAACAUCUUUUGUUCCUCAUAA